AUGUCUGUUGUUGCAUCCCCCACAGCAGGGCCUCCGCCGUGCAGCUCGUACGAACUGCUGGGCCCCAAAGAGGCCGGUCUGUUUUACGAAGAGGCCUGCCGUCGUGAAGGGUUGCAUAUUCACUCCACCUUUCUCAAACAGCUGCUGCUCGGCUCUGUGCUGAUCCAGUUUGAGAACGGCUACCUUGGCGGGAACGGCAUUUCGCCCAUUGUACAGACACUGCAGCGUAUUCCUCUGCACGCGCUGCUCCUCAGCAAAUGCGCGCUCAGCUCCGAAGAUGUCAAGCUGCUGUGCGCCGGCCUCGCCACGCACCCGCAGCUGGAGAAGAUCGAUGUGCGCGGCGUGGAGCUCACCAUUGGCGCCGUGAAGGAGUUGCUGCACUUGGCGACGCGCAACACCCACAUUACGGAGAUUCUGAUGGACGAAGGGCUGCCAAAGUUUGUGGCAGUGCAGCAACAGUGUGAGCGGAACGCGCAGGCGGGCGGCGUGCAAAUGAGCGCCUGUGUUGCCUGUAACGCUGGUGUGUCUGUUGAAGCGCGCUCUUCCUGUGAGACACUCGUUCUUCGUUUCGUGUUGGAGAAUCUGAAGCCGCACACCCACUCCAUCAGCGCCGCCUGUCUCACGAUGCUGUGCGGGGCGCUGCAGCUGUGCAUCGAUCGCAAUGACGGUGUGCUGAGUGUGUGCGGGGAGGCUUGCGCGGAGUCGCUGGCAAACGACCUGUGCCGGUGUGUGUGGAGCGUCCCAAAGGCGUUCGUGUGGAAUGUGCCGUACGACCUUCCCAAGAUAUCUUUUCUACGCACCUUUCUGUCCCACAAGCAAGGGCUAUUUCAGCGGGACAGGAGCGCACUGGAAGCUGCGUCGUCCACGCUGUCCAAGUCGUUCUUUCAGCCCGGUCCGGUCGACGCCCGGGCAGAGGAGUCGUGGCGCACGAGGAAGCCCCGCAGCGACAUCGACGUCUUUUUCGACAACACCGCGGACCGCGAUGUGGCGCGGUGCACCAUCUGCGGACAGCCCGGCGUGUGUACGACGGACGGGCCCACGUGGCUACUGCGGACACUGCAGAUCGACCUUGAAGAGCACGGCGCUGCCAUCACCCCCGCUGCGUUGCUGCGGCUGUGUCGCCUGUUCACCGCGCACGCGUGCGUUCGCCCCUGUUCACGCCGCUGCCUGCGCCACCUCGUCCGCUACGCCCUUUACGGCUACGGCGGCGUGAACUGCAGCUAUGUGGGCGGCUUCCCUCCGCUGUCCAGCGUUCUCGGCGGCGCGGCGGAGCUGCUGCGGCUGCCGCUUGUGGACUUCACCGUGGUGGACAUCGCGGCGGAGUCGGUGGACGACGUGGCAAGCGAGGAGAUCAACUGCGCCUUGACGGUGGCGAGUGCAGUGAGCGACACGGACGGUGUGGCCAUGGACCCGUACCUCGUGUUCUCGAUUGGUCGGCAGCUGCGGAAAAUGUCGACCACGAGCAUAGGAAUGGACUUGGCGAGCGCGUGCGAGGCGGUGCGGUUGGUCGGCUGCUUGCCGGCGGAGGAUGCCCCGUAUAAACGCUCCGGUGGAGACGUGUCGGGCAGCACCACGGUUGAGACGGCUGCCCGACCGCCGCGUGACCUCGUGGCGGAUUGGUCAGCCUGGAGCGCUGCGAGUGGGCAGACGACGGUGAGAAGGUGGCUGCACAGCGCCUUUGCCCACCGCCGUCAGCGGGUUUGCUCGAUUGACGGGCCGCACCGCGACGUGUUCGACAACACCCGCGCCGCCUUGUGGGCGCUGCGGCAGCAAGGCCGCUCUGUCUUGGUCACACUGAAGAUCGCCAUGUGGUGGCUGUCGCUGAAGGACGGCGUGGUGCCCACGACCACCUCUGGCCACACCCACGGGUUCUUCACCACGGCGAAGAUCAUUGGGCAGUCAACCCGCGUCAGCACGGUGUACCUCAUUUUGCAGUGCCCCUUCGGGAAGCAUGUCGGAAACAAUGGCCUCCUAUAUGUGCCGAAGCCGGUGUUUCUGCAGUGUGUGCGCGGCCUGGCGUUUGUCUUUGCCGACGCCCUCACCAUGGAGUACCGUGCCGCCGGCUGGCGUGCGUCACUGUACGCGAACGAGCUGGUCGGCCCUGCCUUGGGUGUCCCAAACAGCACCUCCUUGCAGCGUCUUCGGCAGCUCUUUAGCUACAUCAGCUCUCACGCUCACGGCCGCAAGCACAUUGACGGCGCGGCGUGGCGACUCAUUGGCUGCCGCGUGCCCGCCAGGCUGCUGCUGCAGCUGUUCGACAAGGAGCACCUGCCGGCGGCGCUCAGAUUUCUCGGUGACGCUUUGGGGAUUGCCGCAGAGGGCGGUGUUACCACUGCUUCAGCGACACACGGGAACGGCGCGUACGACGCACGCGACGCCCACCGCACCUACUGGGAACGCAUUCUGCUGUCCAGCCGGUAUCCGUCGCAGCUGCUCUUCUUUUUCAGUGAAGUGCUGGGAAGUGGGCGUUGGCUGCAGCAAGCCUUUGAGACCGCCGCCACCAUCCGGCUCCAGACUGCGCCAGAAUCAUCACCGCCACCAAGCGAAGCCGCAACACAAUCAAUGGGGGCGGGUAGGAAGAGCCGCGACGCAAUCGGAGCCACGCGUGCGUGGCUGACGCUCAGCACUGUGCCGGACCUGAACCUUCUCUCGCACGAACCAGCCACCAUCGCAGAGGCGAUCGCCACGAAAGCCGAAGCGCCAUCUCCCUUGAAGGUCGGACGGGGAAGAGGGAGCUGGCCGAACACCUCCACAACUAGUACGGUGCCUGGCGACACGACCCGCACUUCUCGCUCUCCGAAACCGCCCAAGUCUCAGCCUCCUGCGCAGACGUCGUCGCGGGGUCGCGUCCGCGGUGCGCCGUUGGUCCCCAGCGAGUUCGCGCCGUCGUUGGUGAACUCUUCUCUGUCCGUCUCACGCACUGCGCUUACUGGGAAGUCCGCCCAGGCCACGGAAAAAGUCCCGGCCAACCCGACGGCGGUUGGCAUGGCGUCCGCCCUGCAGCCCAGCUCGGUCAGCACAUCGCAGAACAAGCUGCAGCAUCAACUGCAGAAAGGGUGGAAGGUGGAGCGGACCGUGCGCAAUGCGCUGUUGAAGGACGCCGCCCGUGUGGGUGUUGUCGAGUACCUUCGUACAUGGAUCCAGGCGUCCCGAGCAGGGGAAUCGCCGUUCGGAGCGACGCAGCGUGGUGGUCUAGGGGAUUUCGCCGCCGCCGCCGCUAGCAGCAGCAGCAGCAACGCUGGGCCAAGCUCCGGCAUGCAAGAUGCCGCCGACAACGAUAUUCCGGCCCAUUUGUUCGGCAAACCGUGGUUUGCCAUUCCCGUGCAAGUUGACGACAACGGUGACAACGGAGAGGCAGCGCCGCCUGACUUGCAUCUACUCUUCAUCGGGAACAGUGUAUCGGUGUACAGCAUGCACGCCUCUCGCCUGCUCUGCCGCCCUACGCUGAUGAGCGCAGAUGCCCUCACCGCCACCUUCCCCUUUGCGACCGGCGUGGACGCGGCAGCGGUGCACCCGACAAACGCGGAUCUCGCUUUUUUCUUCUCUGGCCGGGAGUGGCUGCUGUUCCACUUGAGGCUACUAGAGUGCGUCGAUGGCCCCUAUCCACUGGGCACACACGGUCAGUUUCGCAAGCUCCCUGCCGCCUUCCACGAAAGCGUAGACAGCGUGAUCGCCAUCCCGAACUCGAGCAAGUUGGUGUUCUUCCGCGGCUACUCGUACGUCGUCUUCGAUGCGCUGACACGGCGGUGCGUUGGUGGGGUGGGGCUGCUGCAUCAACCGCUGUCCGACGACGCAGAGGGUGGUGCCCAUGCCGAAGGUGCCGUGCGUAAUAUCAACGCACCCGCGCUCGCCGAGGCACUGCGUCGUAAGAAGGAAAAAGAAGACGCUUUCUUCAACGCUGUGCGUCCGUUCGCUGCUUCUCAACCGCUCGCUGCUCAGAGUUCUCGUGGUACGGCAGCCGCACCUCUGCGUGACGGGCGCGUCAUGGAGCCCGACGGCGAUACCGUGACCGGCGGAGACGUGCCGGCUUCUUCCUGUGCUCUGCACAUCACACCGGAGCUGCAGCGACUUCUGGGAACGGCGCCGAUGUCAUCGUUAACGACGCGGAACGCCGUCACCGCCGGCUCCGCAGCGUCGUCUGUUUCGCACUGGCUCGUGAACCGCCGUGGCGACGUGGUGGCGGUGGAAUGGGAGCUCCAGACAAUCAACACCGGCGCUACUGCUAGGGCUGAAGGAACGGCGCGCACAGAUGGCAAGCCGACCCCACAAUGGGUGCUGCGUUGCCUCAACACAAAGCAGUGCCUAUCUGCCUCAAAGCUACCGCUGGCUGAUCUGCCACUUGUUUUCCGGCAGAGUUCACCCAGCGCGUUGCCUGCGCUGUGUGCGCUGGCGAUGAGGACGGACUUUGUCUUGGAAGACGCUUACGGAGAGGCGGCAACCGUCUCCAAUAGCAACGCUGAAAGCAGCGGUGCCUCCCCGUUCGCUUCGCGGUUGCAGCUUUUUGAUCCGGAAGGCGGGAAGCAGGCACUCGUGUCUGCAGCACUGAUCGCCGCUGCCGGCGGCGAUCGCUCGCCCGGGUCCUCGCUGUCGAGUACCGUGGACUCCUCGACCGUCGCGGACCACCGUCACACACGCGGCAGCAACAACGGUGCUGUGGUCGGCGCUCCCGACGCGGCAGACCUGACGACCGCUGCGCCUUCCAUCGAGCGCACCUAUACCCCUGCUACGGUGAUUACGUCGUCCCUUGCUUCCACCUCGGUGGCGCAGCGGAUGCCGUUGGCGUUGUCGCGCAGUGGACCAGUUGUGGCGGCCCAUGAGAAGAGCGCCGCCUCCUCUGCUGGUGCUGCUGUGGCGGCGCAGCCAUCGUGUGGUGGCUGGGAGCGUGAGGUGUUCUUUUACGGAGAUGGCGGUCCUGAAGACUUCGUUGCUUCACAGCGCGGUAACCGUGAGAACACAAGGGAUGCGGUGACGAAUACUGGACUAGGCACACCCUACCCGACAGACGACUCGCCAGGCAGGGCUUCUCCUCGGCGGCGCUACAUCGAGUACGACCUUGGCCUUUCCGAACCGCGCCGCGCGUUUUCGGCGUUGCUGCUCGUCCUGGACACGUCUUUCCUACCGUCCGCGGUGCUGCAGUUGGCGCCAUUGACCGCGUCUGUGGAGUGCAGCAUGGAGGGGGAGAUCUACUUUCCGCAGGCCGUCCUUCGCAUUGCAGGGCCUGUGACGGCGGCGAAGUGGCGCGGCGGCCCGCUCGUGGUGGAGCCGCGUGCGGCACGUUUUUGGCGCCUGCGCUUUCACACGUCUGUCCCCGUGACGGUGGGCAUCGUGCGUCUAUUUUGGUUUGAGGCACCGUGCGGCUCACCUCGCCGCGUCGUCCCCUCCGUGCCGCUGUCAACGCGUGUUGCUCUCCCUCUCACAGUGCACACAGCACCCGGCUACGACGCGGUGUGCGAAAGCGGGGGUGCGAGUGGCAGUGGUGGUUUCCCGCCCAUCAGGGUGGAUGCGGACUGUGUGGUCGCUUCGCCGGAGCUGUUGCUGCGGAGUGAGAACAUGCUGCCGGUGAUUGUGGACGACCCGAGCGCGCACCCUCGCGGCUGGUACGGCCAUCACACUGUUUUCCCGCUCCCGGCACCGCACAGCACGACCUGCCUGAUAUGCUGCGACGCGUCGUUUAUUGAAGUUCACGUAGGACAUAGCCGUACAAGUAGUAGUAGCGGGACCGAAAGCGGAGUGCCAGACGCUGGGCUUUGGCCAUCGGCGGCAGCGCAGGACUUUGCCGAUUAUUCGAGGUUCCGCGGUCUUCCCUACCCCUUUGCGCUCGGGUGGGACGCCAAUUUUUACCCGUCUCCCCAGGAACAGCCGGGAUUGCUCUGCCUCAUACGAGGGGACUUGAUGCUGAUGUGGGACAUCGAGACCGGAAAGGCUCAGGGCGCUGCCGUGGCCUGGAGGCAGUCCGCACUUCUCGAGGGACUGCGUGCGACACCGAUGGCCCGUGUCGUCGCAACAGUCAACUGCUGGUCAGGGGUUGACACAACCAGUGUCGUCGCCUUCUUCUACGAACCUUCGUCUCUCUCCCUAUCGUGUGAAGUGGAGUACAUCGAGUUCGACGUGAUACGGCAGGAGGUGGUGUAUGGUCCAGCAACGCUGGCAUCACACCUGCGCACUCGCUACGGCGCGUCGCUUCCCUCGCCGUCCUCUGCGAACACAUUGCUGACGGUGCUGUGCAGCCCGCAGGCACCCUCCACGCUGUUUUUGCUUUACGCGCAGGCGGUGUACGUGCUCUCCGUAAAAGGCGCCGGGGCCGCAGAAGCGUCGAUGGGGAAGCCACCGAGCGCUAUUGCGAUGACGGAGUCGCCUGUGUUUUACACCGUGCCACUGCUGCUGCCCAAAUGGGGCACGCGCCACCACCACUGCGAUAUCACGUUGGAUCUGGCAUCGCUCCUGCUGCCUCCGCGGCCGGAUCAGAGCGAAAAUGACGACGAUGACAUGGAGAAUGAAGGGGCGCUCGUUGUCGGCAUGCAGCUCAUCAGCAGCGGCGGACGGAGCGGUUGUGCGACGGGCUGGCAGGUACAGUGCAGUGAGCACGGCCGUGUCUGGGAGGACGUCGCGGUUCACCGUCAGAACUCGGGUGAGGGAGUCGUGGGGGAGACGACGUGGACGCCGCGGGCUGCCGGGCGCUACAGCACAACUCGUUUUUGGCGCUUUAAACGUCUUUCCUGCAGCGGCGGCGCCGACGAGAGCUCGGAAGCGGUGAGGAACAACAGUGACGACUGCCUUCAAAGCUAUUCACAGCUGCGUCUGCUGAGCAUUCCGCGCAGGCGGUGCGUCGAGGUCCCUGUUCGCGUGUCCGGUACCGACAUGAGCGCGUGCUCCACGGAUGUCUGCAGCUCCUUCUUCGCGACGGGGGCGCGUGCUUCUACGCUCGCACUGAUUCGACGCGCUGGCGACAACACGACGCCGCCUUCUGUCGCCACUGACGGUGACGCGUACGAGCUGGUGUGGGAUUACGGGCUGUCGUUGAUCGUCCUUAGCGGUGUCACCUUCACGACGGCAAACAAACCAGCGAAUGCACAGCUGUCGUGGACCGUGUACGGGAGCGCCGCCGUCGAUGCGGGCCACUGGACUCCACUGGCCACCACCGUCGUCACAAGUGACGCGGCGUACACCUCGCUUUCGUGGGUGCCGGGCGGGCCAUAUCGGUACUGGCGUUUGGCCUGCGCGGUGAACAGUAUUUCUGGUCACACUGGCGACGGACGUGAAUGGCCCGCGACGCUUCUUCUCUCGGCAUUCCGCGUCUACGUCUACGAAGGGCCGCUAGUGGGUCUGCAGAGCGUCACCGGCGGUCACCUCCACGCCACCUCUUUGCUUUGGCCCUCCUCCCUUACAGCCGUCACAGCGCCCUGCAGCCUUCCCUGCAACGUAAACGGCAGCAUUUUAUUGAACCGAGUUGUGGAGGCGCUGACGUGGUGCAAACUGGACUUCUGCAUCAGCAGCGACUGCACUGUCUGCGUGGCGAUGGAGUGGAGCGCGGACGCGACGGAGUGGUGCACGGUGGCGCUCAUCACCUUCAGCAUCGGCAACGCCGUGAGGGACAAGGUGCACGAGGCGGUGCUGUCGUGGCAGAGCUGCGGUCCGCGGCGACUGUGGCGCAUUCGCGUGCAGGACGUCACCUCCAACGUGACGUUCAUGCCACUUCGCCUCCACCUCGGCACCUCGCCAGCGGAACACGUAAUGAAGCUACCCUCGAAAGAGUUGUUGUUCGACGCAACGAUGCCGCUCCAGCCGACAUCCGCCACGCCCGCGCUGACGCGCAAAAGCUCAGUGCAGACGGUGGCAGAUAAACGGCUUUCUGGCGGCACCGUUUUUUCUGCGGUGGCUGCCAACGACGCGACGACAAAGACGUCUCCCAACACUGCUGCUGCUGCUGCUGCCGCCGCCGUGGGUGUCGCUUCAGCAACAAGGGACUUACGGUUACAAUCGCCUCAGCGCUUAAUCGGCGUGCGUGCGGCCCUGCCCUCGCUUACGUCGCGCUACGCGGUCGAAUACCUCGGCUUGGAUGGCGUGUCGUGGAUCUCUGCGUCUGUUUUGCAGGCUGGUGCGGUCUCUGACGAGGAGCGCCAGCGGAUGGCGUUUCAGAGUUCCGGUUUGGCUACCGACGUCACGGCCGCAGCGACACCGCAGUCAAUAAUGGCGUCUGCGUGGUGGGACGGUGCCUCUGUUUCGCCGAGUACGCAGUGGCGACUGAAAAGCCUGACCAUAGCCGGAGAAGCGUCUUCCGCACUGCCGCCAACGCAGCAAAGCGUGCGCGGCGUGGAGUGGUUUGCGGAGAUUGGCAUGGCGACGCAGACGGUGGACACCUCGGAAGUGCCGGGCGUUGUGGUGGGGACGACAGGCUUUAAUGAGGUGCGGCCUCCGCUCUGCCUCAGCGGGAAGGAAAGAACAACGACAGUGACGGCUGGCAGGUCCGUUGUGACGGCAGCCCCGGUGCUUCAGUGCACCGUCGUGUCGUCCAGCUGCGGGUUCGUGGCGAGCAGUGACGUUGAGAGCACCGUCACUUGGUCGUUCGUCUCACCGGUCCUUCUCGAUCAGCUCUCUCUGCACCUGCGCGCAACCCUCGAGGCGGUGGAGGAGAAUGAGGAAGGAGCGGGCGGAGAGAACGGUGCCACCCCCGCUUCACCAGUGAACGGCGAGGCGGCGUUGCAGAGCCUGUGGGUGGAGACGAGCGACAACGGCGAGGACUUCGUCGCGGUGGCGCACUCCUUCUGGUGGCUGCCGGACACGACGGUGACCCUGUCGUGGGAGGAGGUCCCGCCGGCCCCGUUCUGGCGACUGCGGCUGUCGAAGGUGGCGGCUGCAGCGACGUCGCCACUGUCACCGCGGCAGCAGACGGUCAGUUGCUUGCUGGAGAUCUUCGCUGCUUGCUGGGGCGUCCGGCGGUCCAGUCCAGCCCUCACCGCCCACGUGCGCAUUCCAGCGCUGGGCAGUUUCACGAACACGGCCUACCGCACCUGGCUGAAGGACUGCUUCAACCACGAGGACGCCUUUAUGCGGGAAUGCCAGGAUGCCCUGGACGAAGUCCGUAGCGUUGAGUCGAAGCUGCGCACGGCGGGGAGCAUGAGCGCGCCUGCGAUGGUGGCUGCGGUGGUGCAGAGGAUGCGUGCGGAGUAUCAGAUGUUUAUUCAAAAGACGGCGAAGGAAGCGGCCCGCCUGCUCCGCCUCAACGCCGAGGACGAUAAAGCCACCGCGUCGCCGACGCCAGCGGCAACCUAUAACAUGAGUCCAAUCAGCGACGACGCCCACCCGCGGUCGGCGUCUUGGCCUUCCGUACCGAACCGCGUGCACGCAUCACUGCUGUCGCCGGAGCGUGCGUCCUCGGAUGUGGUGUUGCUGCUCCACGAGUCCGCGACAAACCCGCUGCUUGGUGCGUCCAAGUGGACUCAACUGGCGGAGCUGCUCAAUUACCCACUCGCCUUUCGCGAAGCGUAUCGGUUCACGAAGAACUCCUUACGCUGGUUCUACCCCUGCCUCGAAAUCGUCGGACAAUCCGCACAGGAGUGGUAUGGCUUUCCCCCCGAGAACGUCUGUGCGUCGUUCUGCGUCUACUGGUCUCUCUCGUCGGCGCUGCAGCGCAGAAAAGAUGCGCUGCUCGCGUCAAACGAUCUCAUUCUCCCACUCAGCGAGCACGUCGCGAGCCCGAUCGUGGUGGUGCAGAUCAACGAGCUUGAUUGGUCGCCGAGUCAGCACUUCCCGAACGUGCCGUUCCUGUGCGCGACAAACUUCAAUGAUCGGCCUACCACUGUCGUGUUCGCGCUGAACGACAUCGUCUUCACACCGCCGUACGCACUGGGGGCACCGUCCGCGAAGGACUCGCAGGCGCUCACCUCUGCCUACCCGUACACGAUCUCCGCAGGCGUGAACUUCGUACAGGCGCGCCGGCUGGACAGCUGCCCGGCCCCGGUCUUCGACGUCUUGCGCUACAUCCUGGCGCCAUCGUUUUUCCAGCCUGCAGCGGCGGAGAAAGGAGGCAAGACACCGCUACAGCGUCGCAGCAACGUGCCAGCCAGCAACAAUGACAAUCUUGUGCUCAUGGUGCUCACAACGUCGUCGCUGCAACAGGGCUCGGGAGACACAGCGGAGGGCGUGGCGGCACAACUGCGCUUCACCGUGCCUGCCGAGGGCGUCGACUUCGGACUGCGCGGCCUGGUGAUAGACGCGCUGGAGUUUGAGGUGACGAUGGCGGCGGACGGCCCGGCGAAGCAGUGGUCGUACCAAACCACGUUUGUUACGCACGGGGCGCGGUUUGUGGCGCAGGGAGGCAGCCGCAGCGGCAGCGGCGAUGGUGCGACGGAGGUGCCGGUGAGUCUGCUGGGCAACGUGGAGAUGCACGGACUGCCCGUGGUCGGGCUGCGCGGCAGCCUGGGCAACGCUCGGCUUACCGCGGUGGCGGACGUUCCUGGCGCCGUCGUGACGAAUGUAAUCUUUCACACCAUCGCACAGGUCGAGCGGGUUCCGGCGUCUGUCACAGUUUUAGGCGACGCCGAGAACGACGGCGCAGCGGAGAUGCCACCACCGUGGGAGUGCUUCCCGCUGCAGUCGGAGGGACUCGUGGCGCUCCCAGGGAUGCCGUACAACUGCAGCUGCACGUGCGUCUUGAACCUGCCGAGCACCGCGCGCGGUGCGUUGGAGGUGUCACAGUUGCAGGUGGCGUUGCACCGCUGCUCCUUGAGCGACGUGCAGGCGUUCUGUCGCGCGUGUAGUGGUGGAGGCGGUGGGGAAGCAGAUCCACAGCCCAUCACCGCCGCGCCAGUGUUUCCUGCGCAGCCGUUUGACGUGUGUGGCGUGCACGUGCAGCUGGCGGCGUUUCUGAAGGUGGCCGCACGGUCUCCAAGCACAGCGGCGAGUCAGCGAAGCGGCGGCACCACCCUGCACGGUCAAGGCCUGCUCUACCUGGACAACAACGUGUUGCAAGGGGCAACAGUGGAGAUGUUCUGCGGGCACGCAUCCGUGACGGUGAUGGCCACCUGCCCUCACCCCCUACGUUUUGGCGCGCUCGUUGUGGAGGGGACGGAGGAGCAUCCUGUUUCGGUUCAACUGUUGCUGAGCGCGUCACCACCAACGGUGCACCAACCACAUCAACACGGCAGUAAUUCUGGAAGUGGAGGGGCCACUUACAACGGUUCCAAAACCCCCUGCGCGUCGCGUCGCUUGCUCAUCGCGGGAUCAGCGCACCUCUUCGGACGGCAGCAGCGGGCCCGGGUGUCGCUGGAGCUGUCGUACUGCGCCGACACCGGACCCGUUGUCACACUUGUCGGGCACUCCCUUCGCCACGCCGGACUCGUGGCGAGCGUACAGGACAGUGCGGUGUCGCUGGCGUGGCGCUACGCCCAAGUCACGGUGGACGAGUUGUCGCUCCGUCGUGCCCUCGCGCGUGAGCUGGGCCACGUCCCCAUUGUCGCGGCCCUCCGCGCACAUGGGAUUCCGCUGGUGUGCGUUGUGUCUACGGUCAAUGCCGCGCCGUUUGACUUGUCCGCGCAACGCCUCUCUCUCCGCCUCAAGGGACAGCUCUUUGGGGCAUCCUUCGACGUCACGACGUCCGUUGUCUGCCCCGACGACGCCGAGGAUGCGUGGUCGGUGAUGGCGGCACGUCUCUGCCCGGAGGUGGUGGAGCAGUGUGAGGAGAAUCUGUGGGCGUCCUACGCGAACGUGGUGGGCUGUCGCAUGCAAGUUCCACAGGAUGCAGAGGUGGCGGAAUGA